AUGGCCCGGGACGUGGCCGCCCUAGUCCUGAGCCGCGCCGUGCCCGAUCGUCCACCUGCAGAGGUCCUGGUUCUGGCCGGCUACCGCGCGCAGAAGGAGGGCGAGUUGAGUCUGGCACCCGGGGAUGUGGUCCGGCAGGUGCGAGAGGGACUCACACGGGGCUGGCUACUCGGAGAGCUGGGUGGCCUUUGCGGCAUCUUCCCUAAGCAUCUGGUACAGGAGAUUCCAGAAACUCUGCGAGGCGAAGGGGAAGCACCGAGACCGCGCUGUGCGCGCCGCCGAGAUCACCCCGCCAAACCUCCGGGCCUCCAAAGAUGGUGCAAAGUGAACUUCAGUUACAGCCCGGAGCAGGCGGACGAACUGACGCUGGAAACCGGGGAGAUUGUGGAAAUGAUAAAGGAGAUUGAGGACGGCUGGUGGCUGGGGAAGAAGAAUGGGCAGCUGGGAGCCUUCCCGUCCAACUUUGUGGAGUUGCUGGACAGUGGGUCCCCAAGCCUUGGAAACUCAGACAUCGGCACCUGUGCCCAGCGGCCUCCCAAGCUGAGCAGCCUGGCCUAUGACAGCCCUCCGGACUACCUGCGGACAGUCUCCCACCCUGAGACCUACAGGGUCCUGUUUGACUACCAGCCUGAGGCCCCCGACGAGCUGGCGCUGCGGAGAGGGGACGAGGUCAAAGUCCUGAGGAAGACCACAGAGGAUAAGGGAUGGUGGCUCGGGGAGUGCCAAGGCAGAAGAGGCGUAUUCCCAGAUAACUUUGUGCUCCCACCGCCCCCCGUCAAGAAGCUGGGUCCACGCCGAGUGGUGUCUCGGGAAUCAGCUCCUAUUAGGGAACCAAAGAAGUUGAUGCCCAAGACAUUCCUCCCUGUAGUCAAGAAGCCAGUGACCAGCCCCACUGGGCCCAACAAAAUCAAGACUCCCUGGUCACCGAACGGGGACAGCCAGAAGCGUACGUCCCGAGCGACUGGGUCCAAUGGCAGCUUCCUCAACGGGGCUUCUAGUAACCCUGGCAGGAAGCGAGCCAAAACCCAGCCUGCCCAGCAGCGCUCGGCAUCCAGUCAGGAGGACCAGGCCUGCAGCCCAGGGAAGACCCCUGCUCCUGACCAAGCCCCCGGCCCGGAUAAAACCUUGAUGCAGGAGGACCAGGCCUGCAGCCCAGGGAAGACCCCUGCUCCUGACCAAGCCCCCGGCCCAGAGGAGACCCCAGCUCCUGACCAAGCCCCCAGCCCAGAUAAAACCUUGAUGCAGGAGGACCAGGCCUGCAGCCCAGGGAAGACCCUAAAUCCUGACCAAGACUCUGGCCCAGAUAAGACCUUGAUGCAGGAGGACCAGGCCUGCAGCCCAGGGAAGACCCUAAAUCCUGACCAAGACCCCGGCCCAGAGGAGACCCCAGCUCCUGAACAAGUCCCUACUGCAGGCCCAGAGGAGACCCUGGUUCCUGACCACACCUCUAACCCAGAGAAGACCAAAGCCCUGACUCAGGGAGAGUCAGGGCUAGAGAGAACCCCUGCUCCUGACCAAGCCCCCAGCCCAGACAAGACCUUGACUCAGGAGGACCAAACCCCUGGCCAACUGAAGACCCCGGAUCCUAACCAAACCCUUGGCCUAGACACCCUCAGCCCAGAGAGGAUCCUGGCUGCUGACCACGCCUCUAUCCCAGAGAAGACCAAGACUCUGACUCAGGGAGACCAGGUCUCCAUCCCACAGACACCUGGGACUCUGGGGAACCCCACCCCAGAAGAUGCCCUAGUUCCUGAGACAGCCUUUUUGGCAGAGGAGGCACCUGCUUCCGAAAUCCUUGCCAAAGAGCUGAUGACCAGUCUGGAGGAUGAGGGCCCCAUCCCAGGCAGGGACUUGACCCUAAAGCAGGUGCUUUCCAAGGAGGUCAUCUCCCAGGGAGACCACCCUCAGUUACAUCACUUCUCUCCAGAGGAAGCCCUGCGGGGCAAGUCUAUUGUGGCCAAUGAGCCUGCCUCCCAAGAUGGGGUCCGUGGGCCAGUGGAGCCCCCACCCCAGCCCCAGUCCUCAGAGGGUCCCUUGGAGUGCAGGGCUCACUCCCAGCCCCAGCCCCAGGCAAGGUCCAUGCCUGCCCUGGUAGAGGUCACGACCUGGCCGGUGGAGGCCUUUGCAGAAGACAAGGCUGUCCUCAAGAAGACGCACCCCAAAGAGGAGCUACCUCCGGGAGAAGGGGCACCUCCCAAAGAGGUGGCUCCCAGGCAGCAGGACUACGAGGCAGCCCCUGGCCACGAGCUCCCAUAUUCUGCCAAGCUGACCCCAGAUCCCCAAGAGACUCCUGCCGUCCCCUCCCCAAAGUCCGCGGAGGGUGGUCCUGACGGAAGCCACCUGCUGGCCCUCAGGCAGGAGGUGCAAUCUCUACAGACUGCUCUGCAACAGAUGGGGGCGCAGCUGGAGAGGAAGAUGACUGCCAUCUGGGAGGAGCUGAGGAACGAGAGGGAGCAGCGGCGCUCGCUGGAGGUUCAGAUGCUGCAGAGGAGGGAGAAGUGCCCGGCUCGGGGCUCCAGACACGCGCAGACGCAGACACACUGA